CUUAGCAGCAGGACUCUGGCAACAGACGUUCCCGCUCCGGUCCAGCCCAGCCUGUGCACUGUACCGCUGCUAUGGCCUCUGUGCCCACCACCUGGUGCUCCGUUGCUCUAGCCCUGCUUGUGGCCCUGCACGAAGGGAAGGGCCAGGCUGCUGCCACUCAGGAGCAGCCAGCGCUCUCGCCCCAUGCCCGAGGCGCCCACCUGCGGUUCCGCCGCUGCUCCUGCAGCUCCUGGCUUGACAAGGAGUGCGUCUACUUCUGCCACCUGGACAUCAUCUGGGUGAACACUCCUGGACAGACAGCUCCUUACGGCCUGGGAAACCCGCCAAGGCGCCGGCGCCGCUCCCUGCCAAGGCGCUGUGAGUGCUCCAGCACCGAGGACUCUGCCUGUGCCACCUUCUGCCAUCAGACACCCUGGGUUGAAGCCGGGUCAGUCCUAAGCAGCCAGUCCCCUGCAGAUGUGUUGCAGACUAGAAAGGCGUGGGCCAAGGAAGGAGAGCUCCUCCAGAGACUAAGGUAAGCGUAUCGCCCUGGUCCAACGUGCCCUGGAGGCCUUUCCCAUCUCCCUUCUCCACAUGAGGCGUGAGUGUUCAUUGUCCAUCCAAGAGAACAGAGACUCAGAGAGGGAAAGCCACUUGCCCAAAGUCACACAGUGGCAUCUGGCUGACUCCAGAGUUUGCACGCUCAACCACUGUUUUUUGUUACCCCUGGGCCUUGGUGUGCAGUGUUUUAGAGGGUUUAAGGGCUCAUGACUGGGAAGGAUCACAG